AUGGCCGGGCCCCGGAGCAUCCUGGAACCGCCGCUGCAGGCGCUGCUGCCACCGAUCCUGGUGCUGAUGCUGGCGCAGGCGGCUCUGGCUGCUGUGGCAGGCUCGGUGCGCCUGGCGGGCGGCCUCACGCUGGGCGGCCUGUUCCCGGUGCACGCGCGGGGUGCGGCGGGCAGGGCGUGUGGGCCGCUGAAGAAGGAGCAGGGCAUUCAUCGGCUGGAGGCCAUGCUGUACGCGCUAGACCGCAUCAACGCAGACCCCGAGCUGCUGCCAGGCGUGCGUCUGGGGGCGCGGCUGCUCGACACUUGCUCCCGGGACACGUACGCGCUGGAGCAGGCACUGAGCUUCCUGCAGGCGCUGAUCCGCGGCCGCAGCGACGGCGGGGAGGCAGCCGUGCGCUGCCCUGGCGGCGUCCCCCCGCUGCGCGCCGCGCCCCCCGAGCGCGUGGUGGCUGUCGUGGGAGCCUCGGCCAGUUCAGUCUCCAUCAUGGUCGCCAACGUGCUGCGUCUGUUUGCGAUUCCCCAGAUCAGCUAUGCCUCCACAGCCCCUGAGCUCAGCGACUCCACACGCUACGACUUCUUCUCCCGUGUGGUGCCUCCUGAUUCCUACCAGGCCCAGGCCAUGGUGGACAUCGUGCGGGCAUUGGGAUGGAACUAUGUAUCCACGCUGGCCUCCGAGGGCAACUAUGGAGAGAGCGGGGUUGAGGCUUUUGUGCAGAUCUCCCGAGAGGCAGGGGGAGUCUGUAUUGCCCAGUCCAUCAAGAUUCCUAGAGAACCAAAGCCAGGAGAAUUCAACAAGGUUAUCAGACGACUCAUGGAGACUCCCAACGCUCGGGGCAUCAUCAUCUUUGCCAACGAGGAUGACAUCAGGAGGGUCCUCGAGGCUGCACGCCAGGCCAACCUGACUGGCCAUUUCCUGUGGGUUGGCUCAGACAGCUGGGGAGCCAAGAUCUCACCCAUCCUGAACCUGGAGGACGUGGCAGUGGGGGCUAUCACUAUCCUGCCCAAAAGAGCUUCCAUUGAUGGAUUUGACCAGUACUUCAUGACACGCUCCCUGGAGAACAACCGCCGGAACAUCUGGUUUGCAGAGUUCUGGGAAGAGAAUUUUAACUGCAAACUGACCAGCUCAGGUACCCAGUCAGACAAAUCCACCCGCAAAUGCACAGGUGAAGAACGCAUCGGCCGGGACUCUACCUACGAACAGGAGGGGAAGGUGCAGUUUGUGAUCGACGCAGUGUACGCCAUUGCCCAUGCCCUACACAGCAUGCACCAGGCGCUCUGUCCUGGGCAUACAGGCCUGUGCCCAGCAAUGGAGCCCACCGAUGGGCGGACACUGUUGCAGUAUAUUCGGGCAGUCCGCUUCAAUGAAGUGGAAUUGCUGGGUCAUGUGCGGAGGGCAAAGGCCCUGUGUCCCAUGUUGCAGAUGGACGCCCUGCAGUGGUCAGGAGACCCAUGGGAAGUGCCGGCAUCUCAGUGCAGCCUCCCCUGUAGGCCUGGGGAGCGGAAGAAGAUGGUGAAGGGCGUGUCCUGCUGUUGGCACUGCGAGGCCUGCGACGGGUACCAUUUCCAGGUGGAUGAGUUCACCUGCGAGGUCUGCCCAGGGGACAUGCGGCCCCUGCGCAACCACACCGGCUGCCGCCCCACACCGGUGGUGCGCCUCACCUGGGCUUCUCCCUGGGCCGCCCCGCCGCUCCUCCUGGCGGUGCUGGGCAUCACGGCCACCACCGCAGUGGUGGCCACCUUCGUACGGCACAACAACACACCCAUCGUCCGCGCCUCAGGCCGAGAGCUCAGCUACGUGCUGCUCACCGGCAUCUUCCUCAUCUAUGCCAUCACCUUCCUCAUGGUGGCCGAGCCUGGGGCGGCCGUCUGCGCUGCUCGGAGGCUCUUCCUCGGCCUGGGCACCACCCUCAGCUACUCUGCCCUGUUCACCAAGACCAACCGCAUCUACCGUAUCUUCGAACAGGGGAAGCGGUCUGUCACGCCCCCGCCCUUCAUCAGCCCCACCUCGCAGCUGGUCAUCACCUUCGGCCUCACCUCCGUGCAGGUGGUGGGAGUGAUGGCAUGGCUAGGGGCCCAGCCCCCACACAGCGUGAUCGACUAUGAGGAGCAGCGGACGGUGGACCCAGAGCAAGCCAGAGGGGUGCUCAAGUGCGACAUGUCAGAUCUAUCUCUCAUUGGCUGCCUGGGUUACAGCCUCCUACUCAUGGUCACAUGCACAGUGUAUGCCAUCAAGGCCCGUGGUGUGCCUGAGACCUUCAAUGAGGCCAAGCCCAUUGGCUUCACCAUGUACACCACCUGCAUCAUCUGGCUGGCUUUUGUGCCUAUCUUCUUUGGCACUGCACAGUCAGCUGAAAAGAUAUACAUUCAAACCACCACACUGACUGUGUCCCUGAGCCUGAGCGCAUCGGUGUCCCUCGGCAUGCUCUAUGCACCCAAAACCUAUGUCAUCUUGUUCCACCCGGAGCAGAACGUACAGAAGCGGAAGCGGAGCCUCAAAGCAACCUCCACAGUAGCAGCCCCACCCAAGGGUGAGGACACAGAAGCCCCCAAGUAG